CCGGUGCGUUGCCUCGCGAACCGCCACGCCUAUCCUCUUCAACUACCCUACGUCUACGACACAAACUUCACCAUGAGGGAAUGCAUCUCCGUCCACAUCGGCCAAGCCGGCGUUCAGAUCGGCAAUGCCUGCUGGGAGCUGUACUGCCUGGAGCACGGCAUCCAGCCCGAUGGACAGAUGCCCUCGGACAAGACCCUGGGCGGAGGAGACGACUCAUUCAACACCUUCUUCAGCGAAACCGGAGCUGGGAAACACGUGCCAAGAGCCGUGUUUGUUGACUUGGAACCUACUGUUGUUGACGAGGUCCGAACCGGCACGUACCGGCAGCUGUUUCACCCAGAACAGCUUAUCACUGGCAAGGAGGACGCGGCCAAUAACUAUGCGCGCGGCCACUACACCAUCGGCAAGGAGAUCGUGGACGUCGUGCUGGACCGCAUCAGGAAGCUGGCCGACCAGUGCACCGGCCUGCAGGGCUUCCUGGUGUUCCACUCGUUCGGAGGCGGCACCGGCUCCGGCUUCACGUCGCUGCUGAUGGAGCGCCUGUCCGUGGACUACGGCAAGAAGUCAAAGCUCGAGUUCUCCAUCUACCCCGCACCACAGGUGUCAACAGCGGUGGUGGAGCCGUACAACUCGAUCCUGACCACGCACACGACCCUGGAGCACUCGGACUGCGCCUUCAUGGUGGACAACGAGGCCAUCUACGACAUCUGCCGCCGCAACCUCGACAUCGAGCGCCCUACCUACACCAACCUCAACCGGCUUAUUGGACAGAUCGUAUCCUCCAUCACAGCCUCGCUGCGCUUCGACGGCGCUCUCAAUGUGGACCUAACCGAGUUCCAGACCAACUUGGUGCCGUACCCGCGCAUCCACUUCCCGCUGGCUACAUAUGCGCCAGUCAUCUCGGCGGAGAAGGCCUACCACGAGCAGCUGACGGUUGCUGAGAUCACCAACGCCUGCUUCGAGCCCGCUAACCAGAUGGUGAAAUGCGACCCGCGCCACGGAAAAUACAUGGCUUGCUGCAUGUUGUACAGAGGCGACGUAGUGCCCAAGGACGUAAACGCAGCCAUCGCGACCAUCAAGACGAAGCGCACCAUCCAAUUCGUGGACUGGUGCCCGACAGGCUUCAAGGUGGGCAUCAAUUACCAGCCGCCCACCGUGGUGCCGGGCGGCGACCUGGCCAAGGUGCAGCGCGCCGUCUGCAUGCUGUCCAAUACCACCGCCAUCGCCGAGGCUUGGGCUAGACUGGACCACAAAUUCGACCUGAUGUACGCGAAGCGUGCCUUCGUCCACUGGUAUGUCGGCGAGGGUAUGGAGGAGGGAGAGUUCUCGGAGGCCCGUGAGGACUUGGCGGCUCUGGAGAAGGACUACGAGGAAGUCGGCGUUGAUUCCACGGAGGGAGAACUCGACGAGGAGAACGAGUACUAAACGCGGGAUAUAUGCGUUGAGGCGUGCUAUACGAGUACAACUGCUAAACGACAUCAAGGAUUGAAAUGGACAUGGAAUACGGAAAACUUUGGCAAAUCUGGUCUGAGUCAAAAUGGACAAAGAAUUUCUGAGGGCUCCACGAAAAAAGAACGUCUGAUCCCAUUCAUCUAAUGGUGGAGCUAAACUACCACGGAAAACUGGUCUCAACGAACUUCUCGAGGACUUUUAUCUACUGUGGAGCCGAACUGUAGUCUCCAACAAAGUUUUACAGGAUCCACCCAGAUCAAUCUGAGAUUCUAUGGAUUGAGGGCAUAUAAGUGGUUCGGCAGAUUUGAUUCGACAGUUAUGUUGAACUUUGAAGCCUUCCCAAUGGCCUGUAUGUAUACUCUACCUACACAAUACCACCCUGUGCGGAUUAGUCAGCUAUGUAUAGCACCCCUAAAACGUUGCGUUCUCCACAAACUGACACGCGUCGUGUCGUAAGGCCAUGCCGUAAUUUGCUAGUUAUAAUAGUUACUGGUGCGUAUACCUUAAUAAUAACUGUAAAAUUGGUCAACUCGAAUCAUUGAAUUAUUUUAUCACUUUUAGAAGAUCGAUUGGAUCAAUUCCAAGCUACCUUUAUUGUAAACCCGUGCAGUAAAUAAUGGGAGUGCAAAUCAGAGCUGUUCUUCUUGCUCACUCGUUACACUGAAAGAAAGAGAGGCACAGAUAAGUUUUCAGUCCAAUUACUUACGUAAGCGGGUAGUAAAAUUAAUUUUAAGAAAUAUGUGAGUUUGAACGUGUAUGAGGUUGCUAACAGUACAAACUUUUGGAAAAUAACUUUCACAACUGAAAUGCAAAGUUUGCGUCUGUAACAGUGAAUUGGUUUGUUGCAUUUAUUAAUUAUAAAAUUCGUGAUAAUAAUCUAACAUUCGUAAUUUAAGGCCUCUUGUAAUAUGAACUUAACUUAUUGAGAUUUUAUUUUAUUGUGCUUCGUAUGAAGACGUAAUUUUGUAUGUUAGAGGAUAAUUUAAUU